GGGAUAUGAUGACUUAGUAUUUCAUUGGCUUAAUUUUUCCGAUAGAAAAACCAAGUGAAUGAAUGAGCCGAAAAAAGUCGAGUUUACGCGCCUGUAGCCAGAAACCGAUUCUGAAGUGGCAUACAGAUAUAUAACUGGUAAUCGAAGCGCUUUCAGUUGCAAUCUGUAGUAAUGAAAAUUUAUUAGUACAGACACGCUACGAUUUUGGCAUGAACUGGUUCUACUCUGAUAAAAGUUUGCAUCAGACAGGAUUACGUGUCAACGGGUUGUGAUGUGACCAAGAAUGACAGCGUUUGUACAGAAAAUAAGGGCUUAAUAGAUGCAUAUAUACACUAAAUGAUAGUUGUUAACGAAAUAAGAAUACCUUAAUGAGGGUAAAGGACUGUAAUGAAAUUAUUAAGCAACAAAAACCAUAUUUGUGAUCAAAACGCAAAUGUUUACUUAAUCUACCUGUGUUUAAGGCUGUGUAUAAAUUUUAACAUAUUAACUAUUUGGAAUAAAUUAAACAGUAAUUUAGAUAACAAAGAUGUAUAUGCGCCCAUAUGAAGAAUUUUUAAUGGAGUAUGACGAGUAUGUGGCGCAUAGAUACAUAUUACUCAUAAUACCACCAAUUAUACUUACGGUUGGUAGCAUAGGAAACAUACUUUCAUUUGGUAUACUAUUUACAAAUACAAACAAAGCAUCAACGUACAGUUAUCUCAGUGCUUUGGCAUUGGCUGAUUUGUUAGUGUUAUAUGUUGGAUUAUUAAGAAUUUGGAUAGGACAGUUUAUGACCGAUUUACUAGAUACAAACAAUAUAUUGUGUAAAGUUGGAAUAUUUAUUGGUUACGUGUGCAGUGAUAUUUCUGUAUGGCUUAUUGUAGCAGUGACUGUAGAAAGAUUUAUAGUUGUUAUGUUUCCACUGAAAGCACCAAGACUUUGUAACAAAAAGACCGCUCGGAUUACAAUUAUAACUAUCAUAUUCCUUUUUAUAGCAGUCAAUAGCCACUUUUUAUGGACUGUGGAAUUACAUCAUUAUAAUUUUGAUAUGGUUGUGAUUUCUAAAUGCCAUGCUAAAGCAUUAUUUACAAAUUUAGUGGAAGAGGUUUGGCCCUUGGUAGAUGCAGGAAUUUAUUCUUUUGUGCCUUUUGUUGUGAUAAUAGUAUUCAAUGGUUUUAUAAUCAGGAAUAUCACGUCGGCUCGCCAAGCCCGCCUUGUUCUCAGACAAGAAUCUUCGUUACAGAAAAGAAAAAGUGGCCCUGGCCAAAGCAGAAAACAAACUGAGUCUAGCAAAAGAAUAUCAGUUACUUUACUGGUUGUGUCAUUUUCUUUUCUUAUAACAACUUUGCCUAUGAAUUUAGUUCUGAUCAUCACGUCUCUGGCAGAUGAAGUUGAUAAUGAAGACGAUGCAGAAUUUGCUAAACGCAAAUUGACAAGUUCAAUCGUUGAAAUGUUAAUGUAUACAAAUCAUAGCAUUAAUUUCUUUUUAUAUUGUAUAACCGGUAAAAAAUUCAGAGACCAGUUUAGGAGGUUGAUAUUCCGUGUAUGUAAAUCACACUUUACACAAACUGUCGGAGGAAACUCGCAAAUAUUUUCUUCUAGUAGUAUGAAAACGACAAGGUCUGAUAUAGCUGAUAGAGAUAACUUGCAAAUUGACAACACUCGUGUUUGAGCUACAGUAGACAGCUUUUUUGUAUCAUACACAACAUACAAGUAUAUGUGAAAAUGACAUUA